GUCACUGGAAACUCAAACGCUGUCGACUUUGGUAGAAUAUACUUUGACAAAUAAAAGUUUUGUAUUUAAUGUUUACUUUUAAUGACAGAUAGGCCUAAUAUACACCUGAUUAUCAAAAAAUAAAAAAUCCACACAUUUCAGAAUCGGGAUCAAGAUUCGGAAGCAUUGCAGCAUUUGAUGCAUCUGACAAAAUAUUGACUAUUGAAUGAUUGAUCAAAGUCCAUGGCUAGGUUAAAGAGACGCCGCCUGAAGAUCAUACUUGUGUUAUUCGUGAUAAUAAUCUUACUUUAUGUCUAUUAUGAAAAUGAAUAUGGAAGUGAACUAAUGAAACAAUCUGUGUACAGAAAUGAUCUAGAGAAGAUAUCAGAAAAAAUACUGUUUAAAGGAGUACAGGAUAAAAACCUGCAUUUCCAGAAUAAAUCUGCCACAUCGUCACUUGGGGUAUUGAAAUACUGCAACUUUCCUAAUCCUGAUUCAUUGAAAGAAGAUACUCACCAUGUACAGCUUAACAUACAAGGAUACACAUUACAACAAGUGCAUGUGAUGAUUCGGCAUGGAGAUAGAACACCACUUCACACCAUUGCUGACCGUCCAAACCCCAGAAUAAGUUGUAAAUUUUCCAAAAAAGAAAAGCAUGCUCACUGGAUUGUAGGCAAGUUUAUUUCCAAAAUGCAAAAUGAGGAAGCUGAAGAAAAUUUUGAAUUUUUAAACCCCUAUCCUAAUCAGCCAUAUUGUCGUCAGUCAUAUUUAACACCACAAGGAGCUGUGCAGGAAUUGUUGAAUGGUCUUAAAGCAAAAUACAAGUAUAUUGAUCAAUUGGAUUUAUUUAGACAAAGUUUCAGUGAGAGAAAAGUUAUUGCAAAAAGCACUGUAUACCCUAGAACUUUCCAAAGCGCAACAGCAUUCAUGUUUGGAUUUUUAUCUGACUUCAACGUCAGAGUGAAAAUUCACAAAGCUAGAACCGAUUUUUGUUCAGAGAGGGAUUCAGGAUUGGUCUGCCAGUGUCCAGGCUUAAGUAAUUAUGCCAAACCUCAGAACAAUAUGAGAAAAAUGAGCAAAUUUACACAAGAGGCAAUCAUGAAUUUUAAGCAUAAAGUAGCAAGGAUUUUUCACAUGGACGUCAGGGAGAUUAACUCACUAACUCACAUCUUUGAUGCUCUGAUGGUGCGAGCUUGUCAUGGUCUACCUUUACCUUGUAAUAAGGAGAAAAAAUCCUGUGUAAAUAGAAAGAUGCUAGACACUCUGUGGAGCUUAAUUAAUACUGAUUUACAACAUAAUUAUUUAUAUAAUGAAAAUAAUUUAAAAGCAUCACAUCUGAAGUUUCACCCUCUAUUAGUUGAAAUGUAUUCAAGAAUGAAAAACUAUACGAAAAGAAGUUCCACUACAAAAUUUGUGCUAUACUCAGGACAUGACAUCACCAUGACACCAUUUCUAACAUUGUUGGGCAUAUUUGAUGGGAAAUGGGCACCAUAUGCAUCAACUUUAUUCCUCGAAUUAUACAGCAAGAAAGAAGAAUCAAAAAUUCAUUAUUAUUUGAAAAUUAUAUACAAUGGAGUUGAUAAAACAAAAGACUUGAAGUUUUGUAGAGGUUCAGAAAUGUGUAAGUUUAAAUAUUUUGAACAAUUUGUCAAUUCUCAUCUUGAGAAAAUUGAACUAAAUGAUUAUGACUCGGAGUGUUUUUCUUGAUGAUGGUAUACAAGUAAACAUACCAAUAGUUAUUUACAUGUAUUACAAUGUCAGAUUACUUUAAGAGUAAUAUGGUAAAAGACUGAUACAACAAAUCAUAAUGUACGACGUCUAAAUCACAUGAUAUGUAAUGUACAACGUCUAAAUCACAUGAUAUGUAAUGUACGACGUCUAAAUCACAUGAUAUGUAAUGUACGACUUCUAAAUCACAUGAUAUGUAAUGUACGACGUCUAAAUCACAUGAUAUGUAAUGUACGACGUCUAAAUCACAUGAUAUGUAAUGUACGAUGUCUAAAUUGCAUGAUAUGUAAUGUACGACGUCUAAAUCACAUGAUAUGUAAUGUACGAUGUCUAAAUCACAUGAUAUGCAUUGCAAUGCGUUGCCUAGAAAACUUUUUUUGUAAAUCUCUUACAAAUUACAAAUCUUUUUGCUAAUGGUGCAUUUUUUAUACUUAUAUUGUAAAAUUAUACAGUGCAUGUAGGGAUCAUAUUUACCUUUCAUCUUUCUCAAGACAAACAACUUAGUGGAUUUAAAAUUACUGCAAAUAUAAGUGGAAACUAAAA